AUGGCGCCACCUAGUGACGAUACCGACGAUGCACCCGUGUCUCUGUCUCAGCCAGCACCCGCCGGACCCAUCCCCACUACAGCUUGGCAUGCGUACUUCUCAUACGGCAUAGGGCAUCUCGACUACAAUGGUCUUGUAGAACAGCGAAAUCCAUACAUUAGAUCACUUCGCCAUCAGUGGAAUGUCAAGAGCGAGUCCUUCUUACAGCCUCCCGCAGCCCAGGGAAUGCCGCAAUUGAGCUACAACUAUGAGAUCAACGAGACCGCUACAUUUCCGUACCCAAAGGCUUAUCAAAAGCUCAUGAACCCAACACCACGACACGAUGAAGAGAAUGUAACUGUCGAUGGCGAAACCUCACUUACACAGCAUGAGGCACAAGCGGAGAGGAUCGAAUGGAAGACGACCUUUUCAACGCCUUUUUUCGGUAUCGAGGGCACAUCAGCUAUCGAGUUUGAGUCGAGGAUCCAACCAACAUACGUUGUCUUGGGUUUGUUCCUCCGUGGAAAUCCUAAUCCGAAGGAGAGAGUUGUGUUCGUCGAUAAGCCUGACCAGCUUUUCUCCAAGCUCCGCUGGGCGACUUUCCGACUCCGUGGGAUAGGAGGGACUGUUCCCUCACUAAAAAACUUAAAAGGCUUCAGAUUAUACGAGUGCGAUGUGGAUACCGGAACACAUAAGCGCGUCAAUCUCGAUGACAAUGGAGUCGCUGACUUGCAGCUGUUUAUGAGAUCCUACAGAAGAUGGCAUGUUCCUCGACAUAUAUCCUUGGCGUGGUCAGACUGGAUACACUGCACCUUGAAUAACAAAAGACUUGAUAUACUCGAGGGCGAAUAUGGCCUUGAGCUGGUACUGGACUGGUCCGCCAGCCGCAUCUCGAUCGUGGUACUCAUUCCAGUGUUACUGAGCCUGGCCAUUGGUAUUUGGCUGAACUCGAGAGCGUGGACCGAUCUGGCAACGAUACAGACUGCUUGGGGCACAGCUCCAUACAUUGUGACAGCUGGCGCUUUACUCGCAGCAAUGUUGGGCUUUCUGGAUAUUGCGGAUAAAUAG